AUGUCGACAUCCCCUGCCCGCUGCUAUGAGCGCGCCGACUCGUUCGGGUCCAACCUCGUUAUCUCGCCCGUGCCCGAGCUCUCAGACGCAGACGAGAAAGCGGCCGAUACGGCGCUGGUCGCGACUGCGUACCGGUACAAGAAGGCGACGAUUAUCGUCGCGACGUGCGUCGUCGGCCUCGUCGCUGUCUCGGCGCAGGCCAUCUUGCUGUACGUCCUUCACAUUGUAUUCUAA